AUGGGUCAAGGAGUAUCGUCGUUUAAUGAAGAGAGAAAUCUAGGAAAGUCGAUAUGGGCUCUCAUACAAAAGAUCGACGUACUUGUCCGUUUCGUUGAUAGGUUAUCCAACCUCCAUCCAUAUGUGAACGCGACCUGGCAGCUAGUGUCCGCAUUGCAUAAGGCUAUCUCUCACCAGAUCGAGACCGAUCGGAAGCUCGUCGACCUUGUUCAUGCCAUGGAAGGUGCAUAUACCUUCGUAACCAAUGCUGAUUCACUACCCGAUAAGACCAAGAGAUUGCAACAGACACUUGCGAAACUGUUACAACAAACGAUCGAAUGCUGCCGGUUUGUUCUGCACUAUGCCGAUCGAAACUUCCCUGGUAUUUUACUGUCGUUUUCAUAA